GCAGUUUUGCCAUAGCUGCUGACUUUGCCGGCUCCUCCUUCCUCCCCUCCCUCCCCCCCAACUCCUUCUCCUUCCCUUCCCACCAGCUGAGAUGGGUAUUUAAAUCUGUGAAGAGAGGGGCUGGCUGACCACAGUUUCUGGAGUCCAGCGGAAGAGAAGCAGCCUCCUGGUCACCAUGAAGUCCUGGAUCCUGAUUUUUGCAGCAGCGCUGCUUGGGGGCUCCUGGGCCAAUCCCGUUGUGCAGGAGGACCUAAGAUCCAACUGGGAGCGAGCGGUGGAAGGCUUCUGGGAGUAUGUGACCAAGGUUGGGAAUUCGGCCGAUGAGGUCACCACUCAGAUCAAGGCUUCGCAGAUCAGCAGGGAACUGGACGGCCUCAUCACAGACACCAUGGGGGAGCUGGAACACUACACCACGGAUCUUAGUAACAAGAUUGGCCCAUACGCUCGAGAUGUUCAGCAGCGCCUGACUACGGAAGUGUCGGCCCUGGCAGGAAAACUGCGGGCCGACAUGGAAGAGACCAAAAGCAAGGUGCUCCAAUACACCAACGAUGCCCGCGUCAUGUUCGACCACAAUGUAGAAGUGGUCCGGUCCCAGGUCGACCUGUAUCUGCGCAAACUGAGGAAACGCAUCGGCAAGGACACCGAGGCCUUGCGGAACAAGUUUGCCGCCUACGCUGAGGAGGUACGGGCCAGCACCGAUGACAAAGUAGACGUCAUACGCCAGAAACUGGAGCCUUACAUUUCCAGCAUCCGCGAGAAGGGGCAGCAGAGGUUCCAGGCUCUGCAUCAGGCGGUGGGAGAGCAAGGGAGGAUGGUUCAAGAGCAGCUCAGCUCCCGAGCUCAGGAGCUUCAUGACCACUUCCGGGGCAGAGCUGAGGAGGUCAAGGACAACAUUGACCAAGUGGCUGAAAAGGUGCGCCAGUGGUUCGACCCCUUGCUGAACGACCUCCGCUCCCAAGUCGAGACCUUGGUGGACAAGUUCAAGCAGCUGCAGUCUUAAAAGAUGGCUGGCAUGCCCCAGAAGCUAACACUGCCACCGCCCAUGGUUUCCUUGGAAACCAAGAUGGCCUCAGGGGCUGAGGCUCCUUGGUGGAAAAGGCACAGGUGGUCACUGUGUACUAAUCUCACACCGCCCUGCAGACCCUGCCACACACACCUUCCUCCCAUUCUAUUCGGCGGCCAUUUUGGCCCGUUAAUACCCUGCCCGCUUCCUACAGGCAGCGCCACCUUCUAGGCCCGGGGCCUGUUAAAUGCGGUGCUCAUCAAGUUCCUGACAAGACGGGUCUUAUAACAGUUCGCCACGCUGCCCAGUUUUAACACGUACACCCGCCCGAGACACUUGUGUCAUGCCUCUCACCAAAAUUUCUCGGCUUUUUACCGGUGUUUUCCGUUUUGACCUGUAACAAAAUAAAACAAUAUGUACUUCA